UGAGCGCCCUUGUUGUCUGUGAUGCCCUCCCAUGACGCCCAGGUCGGUAGCUGACACUGCCAGUGAGCGGGAGACGCCACUGCACAACCGGUCCUCGGCCGGCACCGUCAGCCGGUUCUCGCCCUCCCUCUCGCACGCUGGAGACUCCAACUCCACCCACCUACCAGUAUCCACAACCAUCAGCUCUGAUCCACUCCAGUGAAGCCCUUUCAGAAACCACCAGCACCAGCAGCAGCAGCCAAAACCCGCACUAUCUUCAACGCAAUCAGCAACACCAGCACCACAACUAUCACCAGCAUGUCCAGUCGAAGAAAGUCCUCCACCCCCUGCAUGGUCCGGGUCGUCAGCGACGUUCCUGAAGAGCAAGAUGACCCAGAGGAGGUAAUGGACAUGGAAAUAUCGGCGGACAACGAUGCGACGGAAAAAGAACAAUCAGAAAAGAGUCAAGACCCCCAGCAGCUGGAUUCAGAGAAUCCAGACCAGCAGACGUUUCGAAAACCAGUGGAAAAUCAGAAUCCUGAGCCAUUAGAACAAGAGGAGCGGUCUGGUGACAAAGACCAACCUUCUGUCAUUGAGGAUGUCGAAGCCACAGAGGAGAAGGACAAGAACAGGGAAGGGGUUGAAUCUGACCCAGCGUCCCAGAAACAGCAGCCCAGAGGCUACGAGUGCAAAUACUGCCCGUUUUCAACGCAGAACCUGAAUGAAUUUAAAGACCAUGUGGAUUCCAGCCACCCUAACGUCAUUCUCAAUCCGUUGUACCUCUGCGCGGUCUGCAACUUCAACACCAAGAAGUUUGACUCGCUCACAGAGCACAACGAGAGCCAGCACCCGGGCGAGACAAACUUCAAGUUCAAGAGGAUAAAAGUGAACAAUCAGACUAUCUUGGAGCAGACAAUCGAAGGCAAGGACAAUUCAGUCGAAUGCGACGUGACGAGUGAGCAGCGUGAAAUGGUUCCGCCUUGCAUAUCAACCACGGUGAAAACCCCGGGCAAUACCCAGUCGCUCUAUCAAGGGAGCGAACUGAAAAGCAAGCGGGACUGCCUGAUCCAGAAGAAUCAAAUCACAGCAGUGAACAUCAACGGAACAGUAAUCAUCCCUGAACCAACCAUCCUCCAAGGGCUCUCGCAUGUCACCCCGUUGCUCCAACGCCCGCCUAACUUUAACUCUGUACCAAAAAUAGCUGUUCCCUUGAACACCACCAAAUAUAACCCUUCUUUAGACGACAACUUGACGUUGAUCACCUCCUUUAGCAAGUUCCCUUACCCGACACAUGCUGAGCUGUCGUGGCUGACAGCUGCCUCCAAGCACCCAGAGGACCAGAUCAAAGUCUGGUUCACCACCCAGCGGCUUAAGCAAGGCAUCACCUGGUCCCCGGAGGAGGUGGAAGAAGCCAGGAAGAAGAUGUUCAAUGGCUCCAUCCCUCCUGCACAUCACACGUUCACCGUCCUGCCUAACAACCCCAUCUCGCAACCGUCUGCCAAAUCCUCCCAACAGUCCUUUGUCCACACUACAGUCGGGCAUGCAAGUUACGUCCGGACAUCCACGUCUAAUGGGUUAAGUGUAGUCGCCACCACAAACUCUCCAGCUGGAGCUGCAAUUGGCUCCAUCCCAUCGCUUAAACGAUCCCUGCCAACACACCUGACAACAGUGUUCGGCCCGGAGUCUAAGCGGCCCAUCAUGGCAGUCGCCCCUCAUUCUGGCGACGCUAAAGACCGGGGCCUCAUGGCUCCUCCGCCCCCUCCUCCCCCGAAAGACCGCCUCCCAAUGGCUCCACCUCCUGUUCCCGUGGAGACAAAGAGACCUAUAGCAGUUCCUCUGGUGACCACAGAGCUGAAGAGGCUAUGCGCUACUGUGCCUUUAAUGCCGCCGCCAUCAUCGCCGUUAUCACCAUCUUCGUUGUCCAAAGGGAAGGUUCUCUCGACGUUAGGAAACCCCAAAACGAAGCCGGUUGUGUCGCUGCCCUCCAUAGUCUUUCCAGAGUCUUUAACAAGGCCACUGAUAGUUCCCCCGCCUAUUUUUGCCCCGCCAUUUAAAAACACGUUACUUUUUCCUCUUAAUUCGCCAAUCACUUCCAAAGAAAAGCACCCGAAUACCCACGCUUUGUCAGCUGCUGAUCUGAAGCUGACAAACUCCCCACCACUUAACACCCCACACAUAAGGAGGCCAACCAUUAUCCAGUCCAUUCGUGCUCCGCCUAAAGCCCCAUCCCAGAUUCCAGGGUUUCCGUUGGAUAGCAAGAAACUAAAAGAGCAGCAACGAGUGGAGGUGAAAGCCAGCUACCCCAGAGGAGAUAAGGUGCUCACUCCUCUAGCAGAGGCCAACGGGACAUCUCGCAGGGACGGAAAACGGUCCUACAAUCAAACCUCUCUUGCUCACAACAAUGGGGUCAUGCAUUUGGAUGGCAGCGAGCUGCCAGCAGUGCUGAAAACAGACUUUCAGCAAAAGUCCUUGGUGCUUACCCAAUUCCCCUUGCUGGAGAGGAUGAAAGGAAAGACGGCUGAACAGCUAAAGAUCUUGGAGGAGAACUUCUUGAGGAACAGCUUCCCUACACUCAGCGAUGUGGACAAUCUGGCCGGCACCACCCGCCUGUCCCACCAGGAAAUCGACAGCUGGUUUGUGGAGCGCCGUGCACUGCGCGACAACCUGGAACAAGCCCUUCUCAACUCCAUGGGCACUAAGAGGAUGGACUCCGGUGAUGUCUCUGCCAUCACCAAGAAACGACUACAUCAGCAGCAACAGCAACACCAAACUCUACAGCUGAAUGGGAUUCACAAACCAAGCACUGGUGUCGGCCAUCUUAAAAGCCUUCUUCCACCCUCUUCCGCCCUGCCCAUCAUUGCCCCCUCUAUCCCCAACCCAAAUUCCUGCUCAGUGCCUCCAGACAGCCGAUCCCUGGCACUCCUCAAGGACAAUUUUGCUCAAACGCGGUGGCCUUCCCCUGAGGAGUUCAGCCAACUGGAAGGUCGGACGGGACGCGCCGAACUUGCCCGCUGGUUCGACAACAGUCGGCUGCAGAGCGGCAGCAUGGAGCUGACAGAACUUUUUCACAACAAUGGCGUGAACGGAGGGCAGGGGCUGCCUGUGUGCUCCCCCAAAAUCGCUCCCCCCAGCAUCCUCCAGCGCUGUCAGGAAGGAGCCCUAACAAACAACAACACCAACAACAGCAGUAAGGUGUUGGAGGUUGAGUUGGGCUGGCUAAUGGAGCAGCGCGCUAACAGCCUCAGCAGUCAACAGCAUGAUGAGAUCCAAGACCGGUUUGCUGGCAGACUGGCGCAGCAGAACGUGGCGGAGUUGAAGAACGGCGGACACAAGGGGGGAGUCGUGGUGGGAGGAGCGCGGGGGGUGUUCGGCAGCUGGCUGGAGGACGGACACUCGAAGAGAGGACGGGAGCUGCUCCUGGACAGAGACAGGAAGCUAACGGAGGACGCGUCUGGGAGGCUGACUGGAUAAACGGUGUGAAUAGGAUUUGCUGUCGUCGCCGCUGCUGGAAACACAGGAGGAAAGAAAUCAAGUUGGACGGAGAAUGGAGCAACAAAAAGAAGAGUUUUUUUUUUUUUUUAACUAUCAGAUUUUUGGGGGGAUUUUUUAAAUCUCUUUUGAUUGUCGCAUCCCAGAUCACGCACAACAUCCCAGUCCUCCGUUAACGUCGCACGCUGUGAGAAAACGAUCCGUAGAGAAACAGAGAACGUACCGGCAAGGACAAAAAACUACCAGUAUACCCUUUUACCAUUUUAAGGUUACGGACAUUUCUCUUCAUUCAAAAAAAAACUGAAAAAUUCUGUAGAUUUACAAUAU